AUGAGGACCGUGGGGCUGAGCCUGGGGCUGGCCCUGCUCUGCUGGCUGCGCGUAGAUGCUGGGGGCCCCGGGGCUGUGGGGCUGGACAAGAGCAAGAUUGAAGGGAGAUGGUACAUCGUCGCCCUGGCCUCUGACUCCGAGGGAUACCGCCGGGAGCAGCCCCAGCUGAAGAUGGCGAUGGCCACCAUCAAGGUCCUGGACAAGGGCAACCUGAAGGUCUCCUUUGCCAUUCCCAGCCCAAAGGGAUGCAGGAAAUCGCAGUGGAUCUACAGGCAAACAGGCGUUCCCGGAGAAUACUACUGCCGCGAGAGGCAGAACACAAGGGUGCAGCUGGUGGAUACCGAUGGCGAGACGUACAUGGUCAUCUUCGCCUCCAAACUGGUGGACGGGAAGACCUUGCACAUGCUGAGGCUCUACAGCAGAACCCGGGAGGUGAGCCCCAGAAUCACAGCGCGGUUCAGGAAACUGGCGAGGGAGAAGAACUUCACCGAUGAGAUGGUCAGCAUCCUGCCCAGACAGGACAAAUGCACCCUGGACAAAGCGUAG